ACAGAUUAUAGUCUACAGAAACGGAUAGAAACCAAGAUAGACACGUCGUGUACUCCAUGAAAUUUAGACAAAAUGUUAUAUCGCCAGCAAUGUAGGUGGAACUGAUACUUCAGAAAGCCCUUGAUUAUCUCAAUUAAGAUAAACGAAACGUUUCGCCCUGUAAGUUAUACAAUGGAUCGAUUCGUUGAAAAAUAAGAAGUCCGUGGUUAGAAACAUGACAACUGCAACUCCGUGUUGACAGCUCAUUUUUAGAGCUGUUAAGUUGUGAAAAUCGAGAGUGAUAAAUAUUUUGUGUCAAACUUAAUAACGACUGUACUGUAAUAAAACAAUGGCUACUCGAAGUUUAACAGAACCUUUCAUUCUUAUGCGCAACAAUGCAUCGCAGACUCGACACAUAUACUCCGAACAGAAUUUGUCGGACAGAAUGGCUCUUGUAGCUCCGGAAUCAAUGACUGGAGGUGACGUCGAGUUAGGGGGUUUGAAUUUGGCUGGAGAUGCACCACCUGCAUGGUCUGAUGCUCUGGAAGAAACCCAAUACAUCCUUAGUAGGCUACGGGCAAAGCUCGCUGAAUUAAAAGAACUCCAUGCAAAGCACUUGACCAGGCCAACGUUGGAUGACACAUCUCAGGAAGAAAGGCAGAUGGAGCAAUUGACUAGAGAGAUGGGAAGAGCAUUUACUAGUGGCCAUCGGCAGGUGCAACUUAUCAAGACUGCUGCCAGACAAGAAAGUAGAGCCAGCGAACGUCGACUUGCUGCCAGUGCUGCAGUAGCUCUUUCCACUGCUCUCCAGGAGUUGGGGUUAUCUUACCGAGCUGCGCAGAGCCACUACUUGCAGCAAUUGAAUUCGAGGGAAGAAAGGAGUCGACAGUACUUCGAGGAAGAUCAAGAGUUUGCGUCUGUUGAACCAUCGGAUUCAUGGGCAACGGAUUUAAAGUUUGCCCAAGUUGGUGGAAGUAACUAUGAACAACAACACGAUCGGCAGUUACAGCAAGAGGUCCUUUUGGAAUUUGAUGACGAGGAACGAACCAGAGAAGCAAUGAUAAGAGAACAAGAAGUUGGACAUAUUGUACAGAGCAUAUCUGAUCUAAAUCAUAUAUUUAAGGACCUGGCCCACAUGGUUCAGGAUCAAGGUAGCGUAUUAGACCGAAUUGACUACAACGUCGAACAGACACAAGUACAGGUGCAAGAGGGUUAUAAGCAAUUAAAGAAAGCUGAUUCGUACCAAAGAGCGAAUCGCAAAUUAUACUGUAUAAUGGUGCUGACAAUUAGUAUAAUAUUCCUCAGCUUCCUCUUUGUCAUAUUCAAAACUUAGUGCAAUUUUAUUAAUAAUAUCACUGAAUUAAAUAAUUAUCGUCCCACGGUUAUUUAAUUAAUUAAUUAAUCACUACAAUAUCGAAUUUAUCCAUGGACGAUUCAUGUGUAUGU